AGGGGAGUGGGGGGUGCAGCCGUAGCCCUUUAAGCUGCCCACCCUCCCCGGCGGCAGCUGGCUGCUAUUUAUACGCGGCGGCUGCGGGGCGGGCCCGGUAGCGGCGACAGCGGCGGGGAGGCCCGGGAGCGGGGAGGCCCGGGCGGAGGCUGCCAUGGCCACGGCUCUGUCCUCUACACCGGCCGGAGGGAGCCGCUCCGCCGGCCGCGGGGCUGCCUCCACUCCGCUGAGCCCGACGAGGCUCACCCGGCUGCAGGAGAAGGAGGAGCUGCAGCAGCUCAAUGACCGCCUGGCCGCCUACAUCGAGCGGAUGCGGGCGCUGGAGGCCGACCAGUCGGCGCUGCGGCAGAGGCUGGCCGAGCAGGAGGCUAGCAGCGGUCGGGAGCUGGGCUGCCUGCGGCUCCACUACGAGGCAGAGCUGGCCGAUGCCCGCCGGGCGCUGGACGAUAUCGCCAUCGAGCGGGCCACGCUGCAGGUGGAGCUGGGCAAGAUCGGCGAGGAGCACCGGCAGCUGCACAGCAGGAAUUCAAAAAAAGAAGCUGACUUAAACCUGGCACAGGCUCGUAUGAGAGACCUUGAUGCUCAGCUGAAUGCAAAGGAAGCUGAUUUAGCAACAGCUUUGAAUCAGAACCGAAGUUUGGAAAAUGACCUUCGUGAAUUAAAGGAUCAAGUAGUCACUCUGAAGCUGUCACUGGAAGAUGCCAAAAAGCAUCUUCACAAUGAAAUGUUGAGAAGGGUGGACCUGGAAAAUCACAUGAAAUCAAUACAGGAACAAAUGACAUUCCAGAAGCACCUUCAUGAAGAUGAACUCAAGGAGACAAAAAGACUCCAUGAAAGCAGGAUGUCAGAAAUAGAGUCUGGCCAUCAGAGAGAAUUUGAAAGUAAGCUCUCAGAUGCUCUGCAGGGGCUCAGAAAACAGCAAGAAGAACAAAUUCAAGGAUACAAAGAAGAGCUGGAGCGAACAUUCCGUGCAAAAGUGGAGAACGCCCAGCUUUCUGCAGCAAGAAAUAGUGACCUUGCCAAUGCUGCUCGGGAGGAGCUAAUGGAAACAAAGCUGAGAGUUGAUACUCUGACAUCUCAAGUUAAUCAAUAUCAAAGCCAGAAUUCUGCUUUGGAGAACAAAAUAAGGGAGCUACAGGAGGCGCUGGACUAUGAUCGUGAUCUACAUCGAAGGCGUAUGGUUGAAAAAGAGGAAGAAAUAGCACAAGCCCAGCAGCAGGUACAAGCACAGUUGGAAGAAUAUGAGCAUCUCUUAGAUGUGAAACUGGCUCUAGAUCUGGAAAUAAAUGCCUACAGAAAGAUGCUGGAAGGAGAGGAACAGAGGCUAAAGCUGUCACCUAGUCCAUCCUCACGCAGCACUGCAACUCAAGCAACAAGUCAAGAGCGACGGUUCCUGCAUGGGAAAAAAAGGAAAAUGAAAGCAAAAAAGAGGGAACACAGUCCUGGAUUUAAGACUGUUCAGCAUGCUUCAUCUGCAGGAAAUAUAUCUAUUGAAGAAAUUGAUGCAGAUGGGAAAUUUGUCAGGCUUAAAAACAACUCUAAUGAAGAUCAGCCACUACAUGGAUGGGUGUUGAGAAGACAUCUUGAAAGUGUAUCAGAUGUAACAUACAAAUUCCCUUCAAGGUUCACUCUUCAGGCAGGCCAAGUAGUUACGAUCUGGGGUGCAGCUGCUGGUGUAAGCCCAGGUCCUAGUGAUCUGGUCUGGAAGUCUCAGAAGUCUUGGGGAAGUGGGUAUAAUAUCGGUGUUACUCUUGUCACAGAUGAAGGUGAGGAACUAGCAGAGAGGAAGUUAAUGCAUGUACCUAGAGAAGAAAGUGGUGAGCAAGAUGAUGAGUAUGAAGUAACUGAAAGUGAAAUGGAGCUUCCAUCUCAGACCAAAAGAAGAAGAAAAAAGAAAUGUUGUUUGGUUUCAUGAUAGUGGUUCCUGUGAGCAUCCUUUAGCAGCAAAAUGAGGAUCCUAGCUGUUCUAUCAUGUAAUAUGGACGCAGAUGAUCAUCUGAAAACUUCUCAAUCUCCAGUGACAUUGCAGACUCAUGUUUUGGUAGUUUCAGAUAUUGCAGAAGAUAACUUGGAAUUUGAAUCUCCCAUCUGAUCUCUUUGUAAGAAACAUCAUCCAUAACAUGAAACUUCCUACCGUCUGAUAACUGUACCCUGUCUUGGAUUCACUGAUAUAAAGAGCAGUAGAAUAUAAGCUCUGUAUGAAGUUGUCUUUCCACUCUAACUCACGGAUCUGGUCCCUGUGACCUGCUGAAAGGGUGCAGUUUACAAAACUGUUAGAUGCAUGUCCUAGAAGGAUGAUAAAUAAUUGAGAAUGAGCGUGAGGCUGCCUCAGCUUUCUCAGUAUUCUGACAUGGUGUUUCUCCAAGGGCACUUUCUGUUUCACAUCUGAGUGGGAAACUACAUGGGCCAGAUCACACUACAGCGUGGGCUUUCAGCAAGUCCAAACUUGGCUGAAGUGAAACAUUCACCUGAAAAGCGGUCUCUGAAAUGUUUCCUGCUCAGAUCCUGAUGCCGAGAUGUCUAGAUCACUUGCUAGAGGACUUCCUGUAGCUUAAAAAAAGGGGGGGGGAAUCAAAAGCAAGUUGUGGAAUGUUCCUCUCAUUGAUUAAAUGUACUGUUUCUGUAUUCUAGUACAGAGAAAUUACCAAUGUCAGUAUUUGAUCUUUCUGGAUGCAGUAUAUCACAGCAUAGCUUUUAGUUCUGAUUUGCUGGAACAUUAACUUGGAUAGACAUCCUGCAAAUGUGAAACAUUCCAACAGAAGGUACUGUAACUAGCAAUAUUAGCACUCUCUCUGAAGGGUCUCAAUGUCAGCCUGCUAAGGGGCUAGGGAAAAAAAACAUGCUGUAAAACUUUUU